AAGAGAGGGGAGCAGAGAGGCAGGCUUUGCCUUUUCUGGUAGUUAAAGUCGCUGAAAGAACAAGCAGGAAUUCUUUGUGCUGCAGAAGGGCUGAGAUAUAAACCAGACUUUAGAGGUUGAUGUAUGAAGAGAGGGAGACACCGCUGUCUAUGGACUAAACUUCAGCUGCUGCUCAGUGAGAAAGUGAGGAGAAUCUUUUGGGCAUCAUGGACGAUGACUUUGACCGCCGCAUGGAGCUGAGGAGGCAGAGGAGAGAGCAGAUGCGCCUCGAGACUGAGACUGGUUGCACCAACGAUGAUAACGAAGAGGAAGCUCGGGAGCAAAGGAGACGUGCGAGGGAGGAGAGGAAGAAGAUGAGAGAGUCUGGAGACACUGAUGUGAUUGACACUAACAGUGUGACGGAGUCUUCCAUCACAGCCGAUACUGAAGGUGCAGAUGAUGACCAGGUUCUGCUGGAGCGCCUGGCGAAGAGGGAGGAGCGCCGGCAGAAGAGGAUGAAGGAGGCCAUGGAGAGACAGAAGGAGCUUGACCCCACCAUUGGCACCACCAACGGCACCGAUAGCACACUGGAAGAGCAGUCCUCCAUCGACAGCAGCAGACAGCGACACACAGAGGAAGAUGAGGAGGAGAAACCAGCCCAAGAGGAGGUGGCAGAAACUGACACCAACUCCUGGAGGAAAGAGGAAGAGGACAAGCAGGAAGAUGAGAAGGAAUCUGUUGAAGAAUCAAGAAUAGCGAGCACAAGGAAUGAGGAGGAGACUGAGGAGAAAUCUGCAGCAACAGAAGAAGAGGUUGAUCAGCCCGAUUCAGGAAAGAAAGAUGCUGAAGAGGAAGCUGUUCCUGAUGUUGACAAGGAGGAAGAAGAGAGGAAGGAGAAAGAAGAUGAGGAAAGACGGCAAAAAGAGAUAGAGGAAAAGCUGAGGAUAGAAGAGGAGGAAAGGCAAAAAAGAGAGGAGGAAAAGCUCAAGAAAGAGGAGGAAGAAAGGCAGCAAAAAGAAAUGGAAGAAAAGCUGCGGAUAGAAGAAGAAGAAAGGCAAAAAAGAGAAAUGGAGGAGAAGGCCAAGGAGGAGGAGGAGGGGGAAAUGAAGAAGAGGGAAGAGGAAAAACAACGAAAGGAAAUGGAAGAGAGGCUGAGGAAAGAGGAGGAAGAAAAACUGAAAAAGGAGAAGGAGGAAAAACAAAAGAGGGAGAUGGAGGAGAGACAGAAGAAAGAGGAGGAGGACAAGCGAAAAAAGGAGAUGGAGCAAAAGAAGAAGAAAGAAGAAGAGGAAAAACAAAAGAAAGAGCUGGAAGAGAAGAAGAAAAAGGAGGAGGAGGAAAAGCAGAAGAAGAAAGAGCUGGAGGACAAGAAGAAGAAAGAAGAGGAGGAAAAGCGGAAAAAGGAGGCUGAGGAGAAGAAGAAAAAGGAGGAGGACGACAAGCGUAAAAAGAGAGAGAUGGAGGAGAAGAAGAAGAAAGAGGAGGAGGAGAAGCCAAAGAAAUUUGGAUUUAAGGACAAGAAUGAACCAGCCAAACUGAACUCAGGGCUCUUUGAGAAUAAACUUAAGAAAACAGAGAAGACAACAAGGGAUAAUGUUCCCUCCAGCAAGGCCAGUGACGCGGAGCGCCAGGAGGCCGACCGUAAGCUGCAGGAGCUGAAGCGCCGGCGAAACGAUGCAGAAAGCGAGGACUUCGAGAAGAUGAAGCUGAAGCAGCAGGACGCAGAGGUCGAGCUGGAGGAGCUGAAGAAGAAGAGAGAGGAGAGGAGGAAGAUCAUGGAGGAGGAGGAGAAGCAGAAGAAACAGGAGCAGGAGGAAAAGAAAGCCAAAGAACAGGAGGAGAAGAAGAGGAUGAAGGAGGAGAUAGAGAAGAGGAGGGCGGAGGCUGCAGAGAAGAAGAAACAGAAGGAGGAAGAGUCUACAAAACCUGUCUUUGCUAUCAGUCCCAAAGGCUCCUCAAAGAUUGGCGAGAAGGCAGAAUUCCUGAGCAAAUCAGCCCAGAAAAGCACUGCAGGGAGAGUGUCUCACACUCCAAUUGUCUCCAAGAUAGGCAACAGAAUGGAACAGUACGCCUCUGCUGUCCAGGGAAACAAAGACGGCAAAUCCGCAAGGUCUCCGAUGGCAGAUAUUCCUACAGGAGGCGCACGGAGCAUCAAGAGCAUGUGGGAGAAAGGAAACGUUGGCGGUGCCGCUGAAAGUCCAUCUCCUGUCAGCAAGGAAUUGGCUGGUAUCAAAGGAGGCGUGUCCGGACGUGUCAACAGCUGGAUGGCAAAGCCUCCAGAGGCAGAGAAGACCGCAGCACCUGCACCCGCACCAGCAGCAGCACCAGCAGCCGCAGCAUCACCGGCAGCAGCAGCCAAGCCAGCAGAUGUGAAGCCAAGUGACAUCGGUAACAAGCGUGGCAUGUGGGAAACCAAGAAGAGCUCUGCACCUGCCAAGGUGGCAGUUGGAGUCAGGAGCAAGUUUCGCUAAUGAAUACAUGAGAUCCUAACCCAUGACAUCACCAUUCAAAUCAAGCAUCACCUGACCAAACACAAGGCUCUGCUACUAUGUGCAUCCAUUUCCCUCCAACGUACCUGUACUUUGCAUCAAGUUAACACCAGAAUGAGGAAAAAACGAGGGACCAGCAUCAAAGUCUACAGAAAUCUUUCCUCAAAAGUCUUAAAAUAUUUAUUGUUUUCAUCAGAACUGACUUGAUUUUUAUGACAAAGAAAUUCAAGGAAGAUGUCAUCAAUGUUUUCAGGACAAAGUACCACAUGUUUAAUGCUUUAUCUGUGAUUAAUUGCGUAGUAUCCAUCUGUUUAGUCAAGGUUACACGUUUCAGUUGACUAUCAGGAUGCUGAAAUGUUAUAUUGCUUUCAAGCCACACUGACGUGUCCGCUCUUCUUGUCAUGCAUUGUCAUAAAGCUUAAACCCAUUAAUAAGCAUGUGUUUUAUUGUCAUACACACUCACUGCCUUUUGGGAUGAUAGUCACUCCAGUAUUUUGACUCCAUAUGAUAGCCAAGGCUGUUUAAUGUCCAUCUCACUGCUUGCAUUUGAAUUGUUAGAGUAUACUGCCACUGAGCUGGAUGUUUGGUGAUUAGCCUGUAUAUAAUAGAGUAAUUUCAUAAGUCAGCACCACUUAUAAUAAGGCAUCCUUUAUGAAGGGUAUAUAAAUAGUAACUAAUGACUUCAGUAAUGAUAAUAAGAGCAGGUGUUUGAGAUACCUUACUUACUUACUUACUGCCCUUUAUGCCUAGUGGCAUUUAGGGCAGCAACAAAGGAUCUCCACUCCUGUCUGUUUUGGGCGAGCUUUUGGAUAGAACUCCAGGUCUGCUUCAUGGCUUUCAGUUCUUUCUCCACUGUUCGACGCCAGGUCUCUUUGGGUCGUCCUCUCUUUCGAGUGCCUUCAGGUGUCCAGUGUAGAGCGGUUCUUGUAAUGUAAUCCUGUUCUUUUCGCAUGAUGUGUCCAAUCCAUCUCCACCGCCUUCUUGUAAUAAUGGUCUCUAUACUUUCUUGGUUUGUCCGAGCAAGCAAUUGUUGGAGAUACCAGGUUGUGAAAAAUCCCUCUCUAAUGCAAGAAUGGAAAUGUCAGUCUGUUGAUCCGUCUCUUUGGUUUAGACUGAAAUAUCUCAACAAUGAUUGGAUGCAUUGCCAUAAAGUUUGGUAUAGACAUGACUUUGAUGAGCUACCAGCAGGUCUAACUUUUUAAUUAUUCAGUGAAAUAUCUCAAAAUCUACUCAAUGGAUCGUCACAAUCCCCCAAAGGAUGAAACUCUAUUGGGGAAUUCUGUGACUUUUUCUCGUGUUGGUUUGUUUUUGAGUGACAUGCCUUACCAACUAUAGAAAGGGUCGCUAUGAUCGCUAUGAAAAAACAGAAAGGGGUUAUUGACAGAGUCAAUGGCACAGUAUUUUACUGUGGUUAUAGGCACACUAUUCAGAUAGUUAAAAUUUAAAAUAAAUAAUAGAUUCAUAGGCAUUUAUAACUGCACACACCCUAGAAAAUGAGAACCAUUAGUUACUAAGACCCUUAUAAAUGGUGCCUUAUAAUAAAGUGUUGCCCAUAAAUCCUCCAUCUUAGACCUGAAGAAAAUGAACAGUGACAUAUUCUGUUCAGGACUGCAGCCAAAGACACAGUGUGCACGCAGUUUCUGUCAACAACACAUGGGUUUAUUACCUAUUUUUUAACUUGUAGCUGUUAAAACACAUAAUUAUGUAAUAUAAGCACAAACCGUGUCUAUGAAUAUGUGUGUAAGCAUUGCAAUUCUUAUUUAACCGGCAGGAAGUAGUCUUGCUUUUCUAUCAUCAGAUUACAUGCCACUUACUU